AUGGAUAAGGAAUUUCAAUUUGUUAAAGACUUAGCAUUAGUUAAUGAUUAUCCAUUAAGAUUUAUCGAAUGCCAAAUUAAAAAAACACUCAAUAGAUAUUUAGAAAAAUCUAAUAUGUUAAAUAAUUCGAAUAAUUCACAAACUAAAUCUGUUGAUAAUAGUUCCAAAGGUCCACAAAUCCUUAUUGACUUACCUUAUAUCGGUAAACAAACGAAUAAUUUAAGCAAACAAAUUAUAGGUUUAGCAAAAGUAACUCGACCCGGUUUACAUAUACAACCAAUUUCUCGUCCACCACGAUCAGUUACAUCUUUCUUUCCAGGGAAUGAUAAAACUCCAAAAGAUUAUCAGUCGAAUGUGUCAAUUCAUAGUAAUGAUGCAGGUAACAAUAAUGGUGUUAUUGGCAAUCGAUUUCGCAGUUAUUACCGUAAUUUAAGAAAAAAACAGAACUUACGAUACCUGCAACGAAUUCAUGAAAAAUCAUUUGGUCGUGCUACACAGAGUUUUUUUUCUAAUUCAUCAUAUGAAAAUGAAAUUGAUUACGUAGUGGCUGGUCCUAACCGUUAUGAUGAAAAAUCAAUUGAUAUAGACUUUCUGGAAAAUCAUACAUAUCAAGAACAUGAUUCUUGUAACAAUGAAGAUCAAAUUAUUCUCGAAAAUGAAAUGCUUCAAAUAUUAUACGAAGAAGAUUCCGUUGAUGAUGAUUCAUAUGAAUCUGAACAAGAUGAACAUGAAACAUUAAUCGAUAGUGAAAAUAAAAAAAAUAAAAGUUUUUUUAUUGAAAUUGUAAAAUUUAUUCGACAGUCAAAUUUAAACAAAACAACAACUAUUUCAUUAUUAUCGUUAUUAAGAUCAGUACAUAAAUUGAACAUUCAUGAUAUUCCAACAGCGACAGAUGCAUUGUGGAAAAAGCUCGAUAUUUCAUUUAACUAUGAAUCUUUUUUUUUCUGCACCAACUGCUUUCAACAAUUGACAAAAUUUACAGACAUUUGUUUCAUGUGCAACAACAAGAGAAACGUUAAUUCCGAGCUCUGCAUUUUCUCAUUAGUGAAUGAGAUUGAAAGAGUUGUUGCAGCAAAUAUCAAAUUAAUGGAGUGGUAUGAAUUACCAGAGCAUCAGACAGGUGCGGAUAUUAUUAAUAGUCCCAUUUAUAAACAACAACGAAGUUUUGGUACAUCUCAAAUAACUUUAAUGCUCAGUACAGAUGGCAAAAAUAUUAUCAAGUCAAGGCAAACACAAAGCAGUGUUUGGCCAAUCAUGUCGUUUAUUGCUGAAAUUCCUUAUCCGAUUCGUGAGUAUUAUAACAAUAUUAUUUUACUCGGUCUUUGGCAUUCACGUGUAACUCCACCUGCUUCAAUACUAUUGGAUAAAAUUGUCAAGAAUUUGAAAUUGUUGAAAGCUACUGGAAAUCCAGUACCAAGUGAAACACCUAGUGAUCUACCUCCAAUCAUUUACAAUGGCCGAAAUUUGUUACGUGAUCCUUUGAGUCCAACUCCUGGCUGUUUAAUGAAGAAAUUGAUCAAUGAGUUAUUUACAAAAAAUGAAAUUAUGGAAGAUAACCAUGAACAAGAAAACGAACGAACAACGAAAAUCAAAGAUGCUAUUGAAACAGCAUUCUUCCAAGGAGACAAAGACAAAGUUGAAGGUUUUUGGGAAUAUGAAGGUAAAAUCAUACGUGGUAAUCAAAGACGUGGACUUGCUCAUCGCAAAAAAUUAUCGUUGUUAUCAGAACAACAAAUAGCAACAUUUGAUGAACCAACAAUAAAAACAGUAAACAAUAAUGAAAACCAAUAG